AUGGCCUCCACUCUCAACCCAUUACGACGGCUCGCGCACACGGUCGCGGCCGCGACACCGUCGUCGACUUCGGCUGCGCUGGCCCUCAUCCGCUCACAGCCAAAUCACUACGUCGUCGCCGCAGUCGCUGGCCGCAAAUACCUCCUGGCACCACGCGAUGUCCUCACCGUCCCACGACUGAAAGACGUACGCGUCGGUGACACCCUCGCUCUCGACGGUAUCCUCGAAGUCGGCUCGCGCGAAUACACCCUCCGCGGCUCUCCCGUCAUCGACCCCUCUCACGUCUCCGUCUCCGCCACCGUCGUCGAGCACACCAAGGGCCGUAUGGAGAACAUCUUGAAGUUCAAGAAGCGGAAGGGGUACAAGAAGAUCGUGCAGCACAAGCAGACGUAUACGCGUUUGCGUAUUGGGAAUAUUGAUUUUGCGCCGGCUUCGACUUCGGCGCCUUCGCCUCCGCCUCCUGCGCCUACACCAUCCGCGUCACCGUCUCCUGCCACCGCAUAG